AAGAAACUUUUCCAAUCAAAACGAGUAUGGAGGACCACGCUUGUUGUGUUCGUUUGUUGUCUUGACCUCGAUCAUCCACAAUCUAAAGAGAAGAUCUGAAGUUUAAGCUGCAAAUUUCUACGCGCUACACUUCGGAGGGUCUGUCUUCCCCGUGGGUGUUGACGCAGCUAGAUUCGCAUUCUCUGCGUUCUCCCCGUCCAGCUAGAUUCGCAUUUUCCCCGUCCAAUUAGACCUGGAGUUUUACACAAGGCAGAGUACUUCACAUUUUUAAUAUUUGCGAUUCCAUGCUUUCCAUGACAUUCUGAGACCACAUAGCUUCAUCUUUGUUACGAACCAGCUUUUUGGAUUUCAGAUUCACCUGCAGAGCUUCGAGCUUGUCCACUCAAUUGGGUCACCAGUGCAAAUCAACCAGCUCUUUCCGCUCGACUUCACAAUAGAGUGCAAGAAGUGUCAUGCCCAACACGCACAUGCACACAAGUUGUGACAGUGCGACGGGAAGUUAGUGCUCUUCGGGUGAGCUGGUCCUUUGGAUCGAGGAGGAGGUCUCCUGUAGGCCAGGUGACAUUUCGCUCGCGCAUGCCAAGCAGCAAACGUUUCUUACUCUGUGCGAGUGGAGGAGAGAAUGGAAGGUGCAGGUGCGUCCAUAGUCAGUCACGCUGCUGAGACACGGGGAAUGGACUCUGCAUACGAGGAACCGGAGCUUCCCUUCGCUGUCCAGGACCUUAUAUGGCGUCUGGAAGGAAAAGGCGAGCCUAUGACGACGCUUCCCUAUUUACGACAGCGAGAAUUGCGGAAGUUCUUUCCGAAGCGUGCAUCGCUCUCGACGAUCACAGGGUGGCGAAGCAAAGUGCGCCUUCGAGUGCUGGAGGCAAUCGGCAACUGCAACACCUUUGAGAAUCUAGAUUAUGUUGGUAUUUGUCGGAGAAAUAUGUCGAUGUUGACGGCAAGCGAGUGGGAGGUAGUUCUCAGAGGCUUCAUGUCUAGCACCGUUAUAAAAAAGAUAUGCCUCAACUUUUCCUAUAAUAGGAAAGUUGAGAGCUCGAUUUCAGAUGAGGAAGUGGAGAGCUUUUGUUUACUGAUAGGGAGAAUUCUGAAUUCCUCUAGCGUACAAGUAUUGAGAAUAGAAAAUUGCAAGUUGAGUGCCAGAUGUUUCUUGAAUCUCGCCUCAGGACUGCGAGGAAAUUCCGAUUCUAAACUCCAGCGGUUAGAGUUAGAUGACGCGUGGGAGGACUCGAGUGCCGUGAAGCAUGUGGCCGACAUGAUCAACAGUGCUCCUCGAUUAGAAGAGUUGAGGUUAAGGUCUAUGGGAGCUAUUGAGGAGGAGUACGUUGGAAUCCUGUCCCAUGCUUUGAUUCAAAGGUCGUCUUUGAAAUGCUUGGGGUUAGAGAAGGUGGAGUGGGGAGCGGCCUUGUUGCUGAAAGCUUUGGCCGGAGAUGAUGGCAACCGAUCCAUUGAACGUCUUCGGCUGGGGGUUGUGGAUAGACUCGGAGGCUGUUUAACGGAAGUUCUUACCUCCAUCCCAUCAUUGAAGAAAGUGAGGUUGGAGCGCGUAGAGAUGAGUUCUGAGGAAUGGCACCAGCUCGGCCAAUUCAUACGUGACAAGGCUAGAGCAACAUGCUUUAGAAUUUACUCUGAUACAUUUGAAUGGCAGUCAAUAGAAGCUCUUGCGUGUGCUGCUAGCUCCGAAGUCAAGGACCCCGUAGUGAAGCUUGAACUCAUUAUUCGGAAUGAGGAUGAGUUAAUGUUAUCAGUAAACCUAUUAGGUAGGGUACUGCGCGGAGAAAUCAAAUCUCUGAAAUCUUUCACUAUCUUGGCGGGAUCGAUUGACACUUCAGGUAACAACCAACCGGAAAGUAUCCUUUCCAUGAAUGGAAAAACUGGAGAAACUUCCGUCUUGAAGAAACUCGGAUUACGGGUUGGAAGCAAUGAUCUUUGGAAGGGACUGCUGAAGGACCUGUUUUUGUGCCUGCGAGGGAACACAAGUCUCAUUCACUUGGAUUUGUCUAAAUCUAAACUCGACGAAGAAACUUUCAGAGACCUGAUGGAGCUACUCCAAGUGAACUUGACAUUCCAAAAAAUAGAUGUCAGAGGAACUUCAUGGGCAAGGGACGGAAAGGCGACGUUGAUCGAUGAGGCCCUCAAGCAAAACCAGCAACGGGCCGUCUACAUGUCCGUGUUCCGCGAAGCCAAAUUAACAUUUGGAGAUGCAAAAACUGGUCGGCUCUUCUUAUGCGGCUCUCCUCUUGCAGGCAAGACUCAAUUACGUCAAACAUUGGUACACGGAAAAAAAUGGUACCAAAAGCCAUGGGCCAAAUUAAGGAGGAGGAGGACCGAAGGAAUUGAAGUGGAAUUUUUGCAAAACAAUGACAAAGGUCAAAUCUCAAUUUGGGAUCUUGCGGGACAAGAGAUUUUCCGUACCCUUCAAAGUGUGCUUUUCCCUCAAAGUAGCAAUUUUUGUGUUUUUCUAUUUGUGUAUAGCCCAUUCUGUCAGAUCACAUCUUCGAACAAAGCAGAAUCUGAUUUUGAGACAGAGUUGGAGGAAUGGUUGAGUUUCAUCACAUCCAGCACGAGGGUUAUCGGACAUAAUCUUCCACAAGUUCUUGUUGUGAUUUCACACAAGGAUAAGGCCAUAGACAGUUCUUUGAGUUGGGUUAAGUUCAUAGUGAACAAGCUCUCUGAAAGAUUUGCAAGAUUUGUGUAUAUCCACCCUAUUCAAGAGUGUUGUCAUGUGGAUGCUCGAAAAAAUAAGCAAGUUAUUCCUCUCAAACAUCAUAUUUUUGAGAUCUUUGAGAAGUUUUUGAAAAAAAAAUCUCCACAAGUUCCCUACUUGUGUUCUCAACUCUCGUCACUCUUGGUUAAAAACACCAAGGAGAAUAGAAGUGGCCCUCUUUUGUCAUCCCAAGAGUUUCGUGAAUUCUGUGCUCCCCAUUUGACACAAUUUCUUUCAUCCUCUUCUGCUCAAGCCUUUGAUCAUUCAAGGAUACAAAUUUCAAUCACAUCAUAUUUGAAUGAUGUUGGAUCCAUCAUUUCUAUUCCUAACUUUGAUCACAUCAUUGUAGAUCCAAACUGGCUCACACAUACAUUAUUAGGUGAGCUUGUAGCGCUGGGUCAAGACUUUCAAGCUCUUGAGACUCCAACUUUUGAGAAAAGGAUGUCACGUGACUCAUUUGCAAGCAAGGACGGAUUUGUGAGUGAGAGAGACUUUGGUUGGUUGAUAGACAAGUUUCUGGAAAAACAGUCACCUAGAAAGAAAUUUGUGGACAGAAAGGUGAUUGAAAACAUCCUUAUCCAUUUAGAUUUGUGUUUCAAGGUGGAAGAUACUUCUCUUCCCUCUUCAUUCAUUCAUUCAUUCAGAUACUUCAUUCCCUCUUUCAUACCUGAGCAUGCAAGCACUGAAGGACAGGAUCAUCAAGGAUUGGCGCACGUGGAAUCGAUGGGUUGGGAUUCUAGGGAUGAGACUUCAAAGUUUGUUGGCAUUCGGAUUCAAUGCCAAGAUGAAAGAACAAUGUCACUGACUGCUGGUUUUUUCCCAUGCUUCCAGAUGUUCAUGAGACGGAAGUUGAUAUUGGAGAUGGAUGUUUCCGAGAAGACUAUGAUCUACUCUCGACAUUAUCUGCGACUUGUCAUUGACGGACAUGAAAUUUAUAUCCAGCAAGACAGGUCCAAGAAAUACGUGGAUGUUCUGAUGUUAUGCUCGAAGCAUAAGUCAAGGGAGGUUGCUGUGAAAUUCGUGAUGAAGCAUUUCGUCAAGGAGUUGAUAUCAUUUUGCGCAUCCUCCAAAGGCUCUCCCGGGGUGACGUUAGUGCUCGGUGUGAUACAAACACUUUGCGUGGAGAUCCUGAUUCCGAGUCACAUGAGAGGGGCAAUUCUAAUCGAGAAACUCAAAUCGAAUUUCAUUCGUAGCAUCAAUGGCGAACUUGAGGAUAUUCCCUUGGAUAAGUCUCACUUGGAGAAGGAGGAUGAGUUGUUCAACUAUGAGCACUCUUGGCCCUUGAUUGAAGGAUACACAACAAAGGUUAUAUCCGAAAGAGCUAGGGAUUUGUUGUGGGAGAGCGAUGUGGAAGAGGUUGUGAAUGAAAUCCGACAGAAGCGAAUGCAACAAUUGGAGUCAUUUCAGCAAGACCUUAUCCAACAAUUGGGGUCAUUGCAGCAAGGUUUAGAGGAAGUGAACAAAGAUUUGAUUCAUUCUUACCCUGAAGAUGAGAACGUGGUUACCCAUGCAAAUUUUCCUGAUGUGAAAGAUUCCAAUCAACCUUCAUCCAGUUGCAUAAGUCGGGUGAGCACAAGUGUGAAAAACCUUGAUACCCGACUUGUUUUGGAAAAGAUGGAUCAGGUAGAAAAAAAUCUAGCACAAAAAGUUGAUGGUGUUGAUGAGAGGUUGAGAUCAAUGCAGAAAAUUUUGCAGAGAUUGGAGAUGAAGGUGGAACAGAUACUCUCUUUGCAAAAAGAACUGCAGUCAACGCGGAGUGAUUUCAUGUCCAAAGUGGACAGGGUUCUUGAGUAUUCACAAACGUUGCAGCAUUCCAGUACGCCCAAGCGACCUUACAUUACGAACAAUGUUGGCUUUUUCUAUAGGAUGAGUGCUACUUUGCAUGCCGGGACAACCGUCCGCUUACACUUGAUGUGUGAGUCCGCGACCGGGUUUCACCCUGUCAGAGAUCAAGAAGGUUUGAAGAUACGCUUGGAUUGGAAGGAUUGUGAAUGGAUUCAAAAAACUAUUGAAAUCUCAUUCAAAUUCAUAUAUUAUGCUGUGAAGGCUGGAUUGGAUGUGACUUUCGGGUUGGGCCAAGCAAUUCUGGAGUGGGAAGAUUUGAAAUCUGAUAUUGUUAAGUUACAUGGCAUUAGCGAUCGUGAUCGUAAUGCAGUUUCAAAAGUUGGGGAAAGCAAGGAGCUGAGAGAAGCAUGGUCGAGGAUUCAACAAACUCUUGCGCCACAGCUUCGAGAUAGGUAUUCGGCAACCUUCAAGUUGUAUCAGGUGAAAUACGUGAGACAAGAACUAGGUGGGCAUGCAUGGGUGUGCGAGGAGUGCAUGAAUGAAGGUCUUAGAACAGGCAUUUUGUUAGGAAUUUGAAGACCUUAGAAUGUCAUGAUGCAAAUGACAAGCAUAUGUUCAGACACUCAUGCAAUGUGACGCUCUGCAAAAUCCUCCUUCGUGUUUUCACGUUC